CGUCUGACCACGCCCACUCCGCGACGUUAGAGGACAGCCGCUGCCCUCUGACCACGCCCACUCCGCGACGUUAGAGGACAGCCGCUGCCAGCUGUGAGGCGUUCAUCAGAUCUUCAUCCUCCGGGGAUCAGCACAUUGUCCCGCCGCCCUCCGGUCCCCACGGUUCUUGUCGUCAUGGCUACCAAAACCAAGUGGGAAGCAAUGAAGGAGCUUGUAAUCCGAAGCCCCUCCCCAGAUCCAGACGCCAUGCUGGAAGCGAACCUGGAGAACGCCGAGCCCGAACUGUGCAUCCGCCUGCUGCAGGUUCCCACGGUGGUGAACUACUCGGGUUUGCAGCGGCGGUUAGAGGCCAGCAGUCAGUCCUGGAUGGGUCAGUUCCUGGAACUGCGAGGUCUGGACCUGCUGAUGGAGGCGUUGGAGCGUCUGUCGGGUCGCGGCUGCGCUCGAAUCUCUGACGCUCUGCUGCAGCUGACGUGCGUGUCCUGCAUCCGGGCCGUCAUGAACUCGUCCGCAGGGCUGCUCUUCAUCCUGGACAACGAAGCCUACGUCAGGACCCUGACCCAGGCUCUGGACACGUCCAACGUGAUGGUGAAGAUGCAGGUGUUUGAGCUGCUGGCGGCGCUUACUGUGUUUGACCCUCAUGGACGUCACCUGACCCUGGACGCCUUGGAAAAGUACAAGAGUUUGAAGAAGCAGCAGUACCGCUUCAGCGUCCUCAUGAACGAGCUUCUCGACACCGAUAACGUCCCGUACAUGGUGAUCCUGAUGAGCAUGGUCAACGUGCUGGUACAGGGACAGGAAGACCUGCGGAGGAGGGUCCGAAUGCGACAGGAGUUCAUCGGGCUUCAGCUUCUCCACCUGCUGCCCAGACUCAGGGAAACGGAAGAUGAGGACCUAAACAUCCAGUGUGAUGCAUUCGAGGACUCCAUGACUGAUGACGAUGAGGAGAUGGAGAGGCUGUACGGAGGGAUCGACAUGAGCAACCACCAGGAGGUCUUCACCUCGCUCUUCACCAAGGUGUCCAGCAGUCCGUCCUCCGUUCAGCUGCUGUCCAUCCUUCAGGCCUUGCUGUUGGUGGAUCCAGGCAGAGCCGACAUCUGGUCGAUUCUGGAGAUGCUGACUGACCGAGCCGGCCUGCUGGCUCAGGACCCUGAUUUAGAAUCUGAUGCUUCUCUGCUGGAUCGGCUCCUCCCCCAAAAGUCUCUCUCAGCCAAUCACAGGAUCCGAACCAUUGACAGGGCAGUACAGACUCAACUACCAGAUCACCCUGCUGUCUCUUCAGCAGCAUCUCAACAGGCUCCUCCCCCUGCUGCAACCAGUGCUCCUCCUCCACCUCCCCCACCACCCUUACCUGGUGUAGGAGCUCCUCCUCCACCUCCCCCACCACCCUUACCUGGUGUACGAGCUCCUCCUCCACCUCCUCCCCCACCUCUGCCAGGAAUGGGGGUUCCUCCUCCACCUCCUCCCCCACCUUUACCUGGAAUGGGACCUCCACCUCCUCCCCCACCCUUACCUGGAAUGGGACCUCCGCCCCCUCCCCCUUCCACUGGGUACAUCAUCAAAGCCCAGGUAGCUCCAUGUGUAGGCAGCUCAUACUACAGCCCUGCCCCUCACACAAACCCCACCCCCUGUCCCACCCUAAGAAUGAAGAAGCUGAACUGGCAGAAACUCCCGUCCAGAGUGAUGACAGAUCAUCAGUCAUUGUGGACGUGGGCUUCUUCUGACUCAGUGGAACCAAAUUACUGCAGCAUCGAGCAGCUCUUCAGUCUUCCUCCAACCGAGACCAAAACCAGAACAAACACCAAGACUGAGCCCAAAGAGAUUUCCUUCAUCGAUGCCAAGAAAAGUCUGAACCUCAACAUUUUCCUCAAGCAGUUUAAAUGUUCCCAUGAAGACUUUGUGUCUCUGAUCCGCAAAGGAGACAGAUCCAAGUUCGAUGUGGAAGUCCUGAAACAGCUGAUCAAACUGCUUCCAGAGAGACACGAGGUAGAGAACCUGAAGUCUAACCAAACAGAGAGAGACAAGAUGGCAUCAGUGGACCUCUUUUAUUUGCAGCUGCUGGAUGUCCCCAGUUACACACUGAGGAUCGAGUGUAUGCUGCUGUGUGAGGAGAGUAGCUGCGAGCUGGAGACUCUGAAGCCGAAAGCUGAGCUGCUGGACCGAGCCUGUCAGAGUGUGAGGGAGAGCACUCGGCUGCCCAGCUUCUGCAAACUCAUCCUCAGUAUUGGAAACUUUCUCAACUACGGAACUCACACUGGGAAUGCCGAAGGUUUUAAAAUCAGCACUCUGCUCAAACUGACGGAAACUAAAGCCAAUAAGUCCAGAAUGACUCUGCUGCACCACGUUCUGGAGGAGGUGGAGGGAAACCAUCCAGAGCUGCUGAACCUUCCUGAUGACCUUCAGAUCUGUGAAAAAGCUGCUGGAGUCAGUGCAGAAUCCGUUCAGUCUGAUGUCAAAUCUCUGAUCGAACGGCUGAAAAACUCAGAGAAGAAAGUUUCCUCUUCCUCUGAGGAUGUGAAGGAGCAGUACCUGUCUGCCAUUCAGGAGAGUCUGCAGGCAUGUGAGCAGCUGCAGCAGGUGAUGUCAUCAGUGGAGGAGAAGAGGCGGGACCUGGCUGACUACCUGUGUGAGGACAGCAGCAGCUUCUCUCUGGAUGACCUUUUCACUACCAUCAAGACCUUCAGAGACCUGUUCCUCCGAGCUUUGAAGGAGAAUGAAAGUCGUAGAGAGCAGGAGAAGAGGAGGAAGAAACAAGAAGAAGAGAAGAAACUGCAAGGAGACAAACCCAAGACCAUCAGGAAAGAUGUGAGUCCUCAGGAUGAAGGCUGCAUCAUCGACAAGCUGCUGGCUGAGAUCCGUAGAGGCUACGACCUGAAGAAGACCAGAUCCCGGACCGAGAGGACCAGCAGGGUCCUGGAUCGACCCCCUGUCAUGCAGAGGCCGUUGGCCCUAGAGAAGGUUGAUACUCCUGCUUCCAGCCAAUCACAAAAGAUCUCAGAGACAGUCCAGGUCUCCACAGGUGCGCCAUCUCAAACAAGACCAGAACCAGGACUAGCUGAGUCCUACGGAGUUCCUUCAGAGGCCCAGAUCCCCAGUAAGUCCUCUACUGCUGCUGCUGACACAAAGGUGGACCAGAGCCAGACCCGAGACCAGGACUCUGAGAUGGAUUCUGGUUUUGAUGGAGAAACCACAAUCAAGGACUCUGAGAUGGCUUCUAAUCCUGACACAGAUACCAGAAUCCAGAACUCUGAGAUUGAGUCUAGUCCUGACACUGAGACCCGAGGUUCUGCAGGACAGGAAGCUGAGUUUGAGGUGAUCACGUCGACGGAAGUCAGAAGAACCAAAUGGGGCGAUGCUGAAGAAGACAAGCUUCAUAACGGAGCCAAACAUUCAAAGACAAAGAAAACAUGUGCUUUGCACUGAGGUGAGCAGAAGAAGACUCGUCUCCAUGGCAACAGGAAUGAAUGUUAAAAACAUGGCAAAUAAAAGUGAUGCAGCAAA